GGAACAAACUUUUUCUAUGCCUUUGAAUGGACCUACCAUGAACCUGAUUCUCUCUUCAAUCAUUUUUUUUUCUUUCUUUUAGAUUGUUUUUGAUCCUGAAAUGCUCAAAAAGUCGUCGUACUAAUCCACUAUCGUGUUGGAAGAUGAAACAGAGUGAAAGAGACAGAAGAAACAAGAACCAUUUGUGAAAUCAAGAACCAUCAUUAUUCCAUCACCAGACACAGAAUUGUUCAAUCAUUUGACAAAAACCUUCUAAUCCAUACCCUUUUGUCAAAAUCAACACUUGGGUUUUCAAUAGUUUAUAGCUUUAAACCCAUAAGAACGAAUCUGGUUCUGUUUCUCUGGUUAAUGAUUGAGAUUCUUCAAAGUUUUGAUUUUUUUUGUAGAUUGCUUCAUCUUCAAUUUUCACUUUUCAUUUGUAUUAAACAUUUUCUUGUUCCGAGGGGUUUUCUUGUUUCUGACAAAUAAAAAAAAACUUUCCUUUUCUCUCUCUGUUUUGAAUUUACAUUAAUCAAUUAUCUGUCUCCUGAGGUUUUAUGACAACUCAAGUUGUCUUCUUGUUCAAAGUUCUGCAAUAAAUUAUAAUAAUUGAUAAGUUUAGAGUUCUUUUUCCUUUGUUCCUAACUACCAUUCUUUACAUUGGAUACGUUGAGUUUGUUGUCUUUGUCUCCAUUCCACUCCCACUUCCACUUUUUUUUUUGUCAGAUAUUGGAUCUCGUUCAGGUCAAAUGUUGAUUUCAGCUGAAAAAGGAGAGAUCUUGAUCCCUCAAUCUCCACUUAGCUCUGAAUCUGUUGUUCCUUUGGUCUAUACUGAUGUCAAUGUUGUUCCUGAACAUGAAAGUAAUCAGCUUGAGAAGUCAAUAUCAAACCUUGAAGAAGAAGUUUUUGAAUUGAAGUUGAAGCUUAAGUCUUUGGAUGAAAAGAGAAAGCAAGUUCUGAAUAAGAUUAUAGACACUAAAGGAAGUAUACGUGUGUUUUGUAGAGUUAGACCAUUUCUAUUAACGGAAAGGAGACCGAUUAGGGAACCUGUUUCGUUUGGACCAGAUAAUGUUGUUAUAAGAUCUGCUGGAAGUAGUAAAGAAUUUGAGUUUGAUAAAGUUUUUCAUCAAUCAGCAACUCAAGAAGAAGUUUUCGGAGAAGUGAAACCGAUUCUUAGAUCUGCUCUUGAUGGUCACAAUGUAUGUGUCUUGGCGUAUGGUCAAACGGGAACUGGCAAGACUUUUACCAUGGAUGGCACAAGUGAGCAACCAGGUCUUGCUCCUAGAGCUAUUAAAGAGCUUUUCAAUGAAGCUUCAAUGGACCAAACACAUUCCGUGACAUUUAGGAUGAGUAUGUUGGAAAUCUACAUGGGUAACUUGAAAGAUUUGUUGUCUGCAAGACAGUCUUUGAAGUCAUAUGAAGCCUCAGCUAAAUGUAACCUUAAUAUUCAAGUAGACUCAAAGGGUUCGGUUGAAAUUGAGGGUUUGACUGAAGUGGAAGUAAUGGAUUUUACAAAGGCUAGAUGGUGGUAUAACAAAGGGAGACGAGUGAGAUCAACUUCUUGGACAAAUGUAAACGAAACUUCGAGCAGAUCUCAUUGUUUAACAAGGAUCACGAUCUUUCGUCGUGGAGAUGCGGUGGGGUCAAAAACUGAAGUUAGCAAGCUUUGGAUGAUAGAUCUUGGAGGAAGUGAGAGGCUCUUGAAAACAGGAGCUAUAGGGCAAACUAUGGAUGAAGGUAGAGCCAUAAACCUCUCACUUUCCGCUCUUGGAGACGUGAUUGCAGCGUUAAGGAGAAAGAAGGGACAUGUGCCUUACAGAAACAGCAAGCUAACUCAAAUUCUUAAAGAUUCUCUAGGUACUAGAUCAAAAGUUCUGAUGCUUGUGCACAUAAGUCCACGUGAUGAAGAUGUUGGUGAAACAAUCUGCUCUCUCAGCUUUACUAAACGUGCGAGAGCUGUAGAGUCUAACAGAGGAUUAACAGCAGAACUACAAAAGCUAAGAGAAAAGAAAAUAUCGGAACUUGAAGAGGAAAUGGAAGAAACUCAAGAAGGUUGCAAGAAGAUCAAAGCGCGGUUACAGGAAGUAGAGUGUCUGGUUAAUGAACACAAGAAACUCUUUUGGAUCACCAAUGAUAAGUAUCUAGAAGACAUUGAAAAGAAAGCUAUUUCGCCUUUAGAUCAUCUGAAAGACACCGAUGCAACUCCAAUAUCAUCUGAUAAACUAGUCAAAAUAAGGAAGAGUUCUGGUUUUGUCCCACGUUUCAUGACUUCAACUGUUGCUAGUCGCCAAAGGCAAACAAUGUCAGAGAAGGAAAUCAAUGCAAAGGCUCAGAGCAUACGAUCAGUGGCUAAAAAUCUUACUCAGUUCUCCACUUCUCAGUCGCUUAGUCUCUCUGACUCACGAAGCAAAGCUCUCCUAAGAAGAUCAUACACAAAACCGCUUCAAGCUGCAGCUAACAGUGGAACACCACCAGAAACGCCUAAAAGACAUAUCAAAGAUAAUUCUUUACAGAGAAAGAAUAUGAAUGAUACUUCUUCACCAAGGAGCAAGAUGGUUACUUCAUCGGAUCCAAAUGUGAGAGCUAAACUGUGUCACCACAAACGAAGAAUGUCAAGCUUGACAUGAUCUAACAGUUAUCUUUCUUUUCCAUCUGUUGUGAAAGUGCUGAGUUGUUUUUAGACUUGUGGUUUGAGCCUGAGUAGGAUGAGGCGGUGUCCUCCAUAGAAACCACUUGGCUAAUGGUCCCAUUUUAAGACCAUUGGAACUCGUGGAGUUUGCGGUUCUGGUUUUAAAAGGAUAUGUUUUGUUUGUGAUUGUUUCACAGAAUUUUUCUUUGGGUUGGUGAUAGUUUGGUGUUGGAUGUUUGUAUGGGGUUCACAGAAACUGGAUCAUAAUUAAUAUUCCAGAUUCUUUCUUCUUUGGAGGGUUCAGAGAGUGUUUGUGGAUUUGACUUCAUUGUGAAUUUUCUCUGGGUUGGUGAUAGUGUGAAAGGGUUUUAUUUUGUCAUCUUUUGAAGUUCUUGAUGGCACAAUAGUGUUGUGGAUACUUCAUUGUAUCUUACGUUUUUGUUUGUUUGUAACAAGUUGUUACUAACAACUCUUUCUUUAUUCUAUUGAUACAUGAAUAAUGUGUACUCUCCCUCUCUCUCUCUUCUUCUUCUUCUCUCUCUCUACUGUAUAUAGCUUGGUCUUAAAGAAACGAAGAUAGUAGCUCAUUCUAAAAAAAUUCAUAUUGGGUUUAUUAGGUCAAUCCGAUCGGUUUUAGUGUGGACUUCUCCUCGAAGGACCACCACACUGUCUGUCCCGAGUUUGGAAUGCUUUCCGACUAAUACCAGGAGUAGUCAGACCGCCUGCAUUUCUGACUACAGGUAAACCAAUUGGGCCAAGCUGCAAAACUGUAAUGGCAAAUUAGGUGGGACUAAAUGGAAGUUUGAUGGCAACACAAUUAAGUUGUGUAUAUGGAUUCUAGAAGAUGCCGAGAAACAUGAAUGGUCGAAACAUGUCUACACUUUAGGGGAUUUGGCUGUGUUUAAUCCCAAGAAUCAUUUAAUCCUUGGAGUGAUUGCUACCGGUGAAAUUGUUUUCUCAAUGAGAUAUACAUCCAAACCUUUUUAUGUUUUAUACUUCAAUCCCAAAAGAAACACUCUCCAAAGCGUUGAAAUCCAAGGUUUGGAGAAUCAUCUUAGAGUUUACGCCUUGGUGGACCUUGUAGAGGAUCUUUAUGUUAAUGAUGUGAUGCAACUCAUCUCAAGCCAUGCAACCCAAGGCCAACAUAUCAUUACGCAAAGGCCAAACCCAUAACAACUACGUCAAACAUCUCAGGACCUCUGUAACUCUUCUCCCCCUGAGAUGAACAACCAUCCGACAAAGAUCCGAGUCGUUCCUGCGAAACGAGUACGAUUUAUUAGUUAGUUAAUCUGGAGUGAGGAUUGGUUCUGAUGAAUCUAUAACUAUUUUGGAUAAGUGUGUAACUUCUCUCAUUUUACAGGCUUUGUGUGAGUUUUAUCGCUAUGUUGGCCUAGCAUUUUGUUCUUUCUUGUUAUCAUAUCCUAAUUGUAGUGUACUUUGGAGUUUUUAGCAAACUAAUGUUUUAUCCUACA